AAGGGGUAUAUAAACCCCGUUGAAAUGUUGGUUAAAGGCAUCAGUCAACCGACUUCUUCAGCUGCUCUCCCAAUCAUCUCAAGCGAGUCGACAUGAAAUCCUUGGUUGCUAUUUUGUUGUUGGCGUGCACCGUCUACGGUAGUCCCGUCCUGGAGACUCCCGAAGUGGCUUCCGCCCGCGCCGCUCACAACGCAGCUCACGCCACUGCCCGAGCCCUCAACGCUCUGCCACCGGCGGCCAGCCCAAUUUACCUGGAACAGGCCGUUCAAGAUACUCCCGAAGUCUGGGCCGCUAGAGCCGAACAUUACAAGGCUUACGCAACAGCUGCAGCUGCCAACGGAGUCGUCGCCUCCCUUCCUUCCCUGCAGCCUUAUUAUUUCCAGGCCAUUCCCGACACCCCGGAAGUUUGGGAGGCCAAACAGGCCCACUUCCGCGCUCACGCUGCCGCCCGUGGAUAAUCGGCCAAUUUUGCCCAUUUCUUUUAUACUCGAAGACUUAUUUUGGUUUAUCAAAGCCCCGCACGCAACUUUCGACUGAUCCCGACCGAUUUUGUGUCAAGCCAAAGGGACGAUAAGAUUUUGAAUGUACAACGUUCGCGUUCAAAUCGGUGCCCUCAACUCAAAUACAAUUACUUUCUUACAUA